AAGUGGAAGAACAACAGCACAUCGUUGAGAGUCCGCGCCCUUAUCCUACAGUACAUUGGCCCUCUCUCUCUCUCUCUCUCUCUCUCCUUUGUGGCUUUACACCUUGAUUUUGUACACACACAUCUGAACCCUUGGAAGUUGGAACUGCCCCAUUUGAAACUCAAGCUCUAAUCUCUGAUAUCCCACCAGAAUUUGAGCAAACCUGGGUUAAAUCAAAGGCCAGUUUGAGAGGAAACGAGAUCAAACGAGAGAUAGAGAGAGAAAAAAAAAAGGCCCAACCCAACGAAAUGGAGAACAACAACAACAACCAGCAAGCUCAAUCCUCGUCGUACCCACCUCAACCCCCAUUUCACCAUCUCCUACAACAACAGCAACAACAACUCCAGAUGUUCUGGACAUAUCAACGGCAGGAGAUCGAACAGGUCAAUGAUUUCAAGAACCAUCAGCUCCCCCUGGCCCGCAUCAAGAAGAUCAUGAAGGCUGAUGAAGACGUCCGCAUGAUUUCUGCCGAAGCCCCCAUCCUCUUUGCCAAAGCUUGCGAGCUCUUCAUACUCGAACUCACUAUCCGCUCAUGGCUUCACGCUGAGGAGAACAAGCGCCGAACCCUUCAGAAGAAUGAUAUUGCUGCGGCCAUCACCCGUACCGGUAUUUUCGAUUUCUUGGUCGAUAUUGUCCCCAGAGAUGAGAUCAAAGAUGAAGCCGGUUUGGGGCUCGUGGGGAAUGCCACAAGUGGGGUCCCCUACUAUUAUCCUUCCAUGGGGCAGGCUGUACCCGGUGUUAUGAUCGGACGUCCGGCGCUUCCUGGUAUGGAUGCUGGGGUCUAUGUUCAGCCACCAUCACAGGCUUGGCAGUCGGUGUGGCAAACGGACGAAGGAGCGUAUGGCAGUGGAGGUAGCAGCGGACAGGCUAAUUUCGACGCACAAGGAUAGAAAGCCCCAGCAAUGCCCUUGCAAUCAGUUGCACAGAAUAUGGAUCCGUUUAUGUUGGAAUUUGGAUGAAGCAACUGGUCAUGAGUCUUCAGAUUACUGCUCCCAUGGCCUCGUGGGCGUCGAGCAUUUUCUAAUGUGUUUGACCUGUUUAAGACCUGAACAGAUAUAACCUAUAGCAUUAUAUGUAUUGGGAAAAGUUCAUGAUCCUUGUUUCUUUGAUAUUCA